AUGAAGUUCUCCAUUGCUAUUUCUCUGCUGGCCACCUUGGCCAGCGCCGUCAACGUUGAUAUGGCUAAGCGCGACACGUCCCCACUUGACGUCAAGCUUGAGGCUGUUGGCAACUCCGGUGUCAAGGCUGCCCUUACCAACACUGGUGACUCUGCCAUCAAGCUGUUCAAGACCGGCACCUUCCUUGACAAGGCCCCCGUUGAGAAGGUUGAAGUUUUUGCUGCCGGCAACAAAAUCGACUUUGAUGGCAUCCGCCUUCAGAUUGCCACCGCCGGCCUGACCGAGAAAGCUUUCCAGACCAUCGCUGCUGGCGAGACCGUUGAGGUUGAGUUCGAUGCUGCCGAGCUCCACGACCUUAGCACCGGCGGCGCCGUUGAGAUCGUCACUCAAGGCUCCUUCCUCUAUGCCGAUGCCGACUCGACCGAGAUUGCUGGCGCUGUUCCCUUCAGCAGCAACAGCAUCAAGACCGAGGUUGACGGUGAGGAGGCUGCCUCUGUUCGCAUCGCCUUCAUUGAGAAGCGCACGGCCGUACAGGCCGACUGCACUGGCACCCGCCGCACUGCCACUGUCAACGCUAUCACCCGCUGCCGCUCCCUUGCCGUUGCCGCGUCCUCAGCUGCUGCCUCUGGUCCGGCUGCCCGCAUGACUGAGUACUUCAAGUCCUCUACCACUGCUACCCGCAACACUGUUGCGGCCGUCUUUGGCAGAAUUGUCUCGGAGUGCGGUAGCACUACUUCUGGUGUCUCUCGCCAGUACUGCAGCGAUGUUUACGGCGCCUGCUCCAGCAACGUCAUCGCAUACACUCUUCCGUCUCAAUCCUACAUGGUUAACUGCCCCACCUUCUUCACCAUGUCUGCGGCCUCUUCAACUUGCCAUGCUCAGGACCAACAGACUACUAUCGUUCACGAGAUGACGCACCUGACCCAGAUCAAGGGCACCUCUGACUACAACGGCUACGGAUACAACUUCGUCCGCAGCUUGACGGCUGCUCAGAACCUCAACCACGCUGACACUUACACCCUCUUCGCUCAGUCCAUCUACGCUGGCUGCUAAGUGCUUCGCUACUUUUAGCGAUGAAACGGGAUCUUGUAAUGCCGACCUCAAC